AUGAGCGUCGAGAAGACGUUUGAAAAAUUCUGUGCAAUGAGUGCUCUUCAGCAGCGGCGCGACGGCCUGCUUGUCCCAUCUGAGACAUCGCACAGUUUUUCCUAUUAUCAAUGGCUGGAGGUGGCGAAGGCAAAGUAUGCGGAGAGUCAGCCACCAGCUUCUUCCUCCCAAGGGCAGCAGCGGCCACCAGCAAAGAGGGCCAAGGCGGAAGACGGCGUCAGCGACUCUGGCAACGCACUCGCCGACGGGCUCGCACAGCAGCUCGCCGCGUCUCUCAAAAGCCAGACGGCGUCUGCUAACUCACCAGCCGCUCUCCGCCAUGCUGCCCAGGAGGACUUUCCCAUGCCGCAGGCUUCAGCGGACAUGCUGGCGUUUCUUGCACUGGCCGAGGCAGCCAUUCGCUUGACACUCUGGACACCCGAGGACGAACGACUGGCACAACUGGCAGCUUGCCUCCGUCCUAACCUGCGCACGCUGGAGGAACGGCGUAUAAUUCGCUUCUACUACGGCUGCUUUCCGUCUCUUCAGGUGCUCAUGGACCUGCUUUCGUGGCGCAUCAUUGUACAUCGGUGGGAGCGCCUCGCACCCGAGAUGCGGCAGGUCGCCGUGGACGGCGUGCUGACGCUGUGCGACUGCUUGGAUAGUGUGGCAACGGAGGCGUUGCGUUCUGCUGUGCAAGAGCUUCCUGUGUCUGCAGUUUCCUCUUCCUCCGCAGAUACGCUUGAGCUGACAACGCUCGACACAUUGGUUAGACACGCGAGUGCCGCCGUGCCGUUUCAGUUUGCGACCUGCCGUGACCUUACGCCACUGUACCCGGAGCCGGUCGGGGUUUUACACGUGCCUGGAGCACCGGCGGCUUCCAGUGAGAGUGUGCUGAGGGACGAGCAGCAGUCACAACCCGCAGAUGAGAAACGGGUUGACGAUGAUGCGGAGGUGCAGCUCGGCGAGCUGCUAGGUGUAACAUGCACUCCGACUCGCACCGUGUGCGCAUCGGCCGAAGAAGAGUCGCCAACUCGCCGCACGCAGGCAGCACCGGUAGUGGCGCCUCCGUUCCGUUCUAUUCUCAAGACCGCACAGCGAACCAGCGGCGGCGCACGCCCCUUCACUGGCGUCACUCAGACCCGUCACGGGAUUCCGAUGAGAACGGCAAGUGGACAUAUCGCUUGCAUGUCGCAGUACCACGCGCGCUACGCUGACCCGGCGAAACACGCCAGCUCUGAGUGUCCUUAUUGUGCCACUUGCCACCUAAUGGAGAUCAUCUUCCGUGGCAACAAGCGCAACUGUGUGUGGGCCCACUGGCCGACUCCACGGAAGAUCAGGCUUCACCUGAAGCAGUUCCCGAAAGUGAUGAAGCUUGCACAGGAGCGUUUUGCCGCGAUGCAGCGUGGCGUGCAGCUGGCGGCGACGGACGAGCUCCCGCUUUGA